AGCAAGACGGGGCAAGAGGUCAGCACGUGUUGUGGAGAGCCAGAGUAAAAGGUACAAGAUGGCCAGGCGGGGUUGCGGAAGACCAGCGGGCGAGGUCACAAGUGGAAGAAAGGUCACAGCUGUGUGUCCAACCCUGAGGUCACCAAACACCGCCAAGCUGCCAGAGGGACGUUUUUCCAGCGACUUGAUGGCACCAGCUCCCUCACACAAACCGCCUUAAGUGACCACAACAAAGCACUAAUGAACUUAAAGAAAGAUCGAAUAAACUCAGAAGGAGAAGAGGAAGAAGAGGAGGAGGAGGAGGAGGUGGUGGAGGAGGAGGAGGAGGAGAUGACAGAGAUGGAGAAGCAGAUGAAGGAGUUAGGAGUGGAGGAGGAAGAUCUUCGGAGUACUGGGGGUAGAAGUUAUAAUACAUUUGCAACUUCAUUUACCGUUUGUUCGCUUCCUGCGUUUGAGAGGUUUUUCCGCAGCUUUGAGCCUUCGUCCGACCAGCACACAAGAAUGUUAGCAAUCCACGCUGCCGCCCAGGAGUACCUCAAGGAGACAGGAACCCCUCAGACUGCCACCUCCUAUUUCUGCAGCCUGAUGAUAAGCCUGGAGGGAGUUAGGGACAGCGAGGCGGACACAGCUGCUUCCCUGGCGCUCCUAACUCGCGUAGCCCGUCAUGUGGCCAAGGAGGUGCUCGUGGCCAAGUUUGGGGUGUUUGCGGCCACACUGCUGGCCACACUGCAACACCACACACCUUCAGACAACUCAAGGCUAAUUGCAAAUGCCAUUGGAUCUCUCUCAAUCUUACUGAGAGCUCAAGAGAGAAGGGAGUGGUCCAAUGAAUCUACACUGGACCUUUUCAACACCAUUAUGGGGUUCUCUGUACACCCCAAGCCAAAGAUUCGCAGGGCUGGCCAGUACAACACCACAGCGAUUCUCUCCACCAGCACCGCAGCAGACAGCACCGCCAGGCACCCCGCAGCAGCAGCAGCAGCGGAAUUUUGCCUGGUGAAUCUGCGGCGAUCGACUGAAGAUGGGAACGCAAAAACAACUUUACAUACCAUGGUGUUGUUGAGACAGAUUAUCGCUUUCUUGCCCAAAAAACAGCUCAAGGCUGUAUGUGAGUGCCUCCUAUCAAUAAUGCAAGUUGGGCAGUCGCUUAUAAACACCAGUGCUCUUCAGGCCCUUCACGCACUCUUUGCUGCCCACCCACCACCCGAGGUGCUCCCUGCCCACACCAACACUGCCCUCAUACACGCACUCACUCAGGGGGCGUCCGGGGGGGCAGGGGUGGUGAUCCCGGGGAAAAACGACCCCCAAACGGCCAGUGUGUGGAUUACUGUGGUGACAAUGGGACUUGUUAAUUUAUUCAGAUUGAGUGAGGAGGCGGGUGUGGUUGAGUUGCAGCGAUGGGUGGAAGUGUUAAUGCCAUAUCUGCACUCCCACCACAGCACCGUCAUCACCAAGGUGCGUGAGUCGUUGGUGGUGUUGCUGCAGGACAGUGUUGGUGUGUGUGGGGCGGCGGUGCGGGGUGGGGUGGCAGCGGGGGGGGUGUUUGAGGUGUUGUGUGGGGCUGUCCCUCCAGUACCAGCCGGCGUGGGCCAGGUGUUCCUGUGUCUGGCCGCCGCCUUCCCCGCCCUGGGCCCCCACCAGCCCCGCCCCGCCACCUCCUGCCUGGCCUCCCUCUGCCAGCUGAUGGCCAACCCUCGCCUGCCCCACCGCCCCGCCCUGCAGGCUGCCAUCGGGGCGGCAGUGGCAGCGCUGGGCCCUGGGCCGCUGCUGGACGCCGUGCCGCCCCUGGCCAGCGGGGACGUGGCCCAGGACGAGGCCAGCUGGUGGACGCUGCCACUGCUGCGCCGACACGUGCGGGACGCCGGCCUGGGGGAGUUUGUGGGGCGCCUACUGCCCCUGGCCGGCCGAUGCUUCCAGCUGGUGGCCUCCCUGGAGAAGGAGGGCCGGCGGGACUCAGUGGUGGGCCGUGCCUACCAGCAGGUGGAGCAGCAGGUGUGGGCCGCCCUGCCGGCCUUCUGCCGUGGCGCAAAGGACGUGGACGAGGCUCUGGGGCGGGACGGCCUGGCCAGGCUGCUCUGUGACCACCUCAAGCACCGCCCAGACACCAGGCCGGCCGUCAUGGAGGCCCUCAGGCUGCUGCUGACGGAGCACGCCGCCGCCCCAGGCCGCCUGGCCACCUACGCCAAGAACUACCUGCCAGCACUCUUCAACCUGUACCUCACCGCCCCCGGCACCCAGGGCACCACCCCCGGCCAGCGCCAGGCCGCCCUGGCCACCGUGGAGGCCUUCCUGGCCGUGGUGCCGCCCACCCGUGCCGCCGAGCUGCUGGACCUGCUGCUGGACCGCCACCGCCAGGCCAUGGCCGCCGGCAAGGGCCAGGAGGCGGCCCUGCGGCGCCGGGCGCUGCUCAACCUGGCCGCUGCGCUGGUGCCACACCUGGAGGGGCCGCCGCUGGCCAAGCUCUACGACCAUGUGGCGCCGCUGCUGGCCGCCCCAGAGCACGGCCAGCAGAAGGCCGCUUACCGCCUGCUGGAGGCAGUGCUGGCGGCGGACACAGUGGCCACAGCGGCCCUGGUGGAGCAGCGGGUGUCGUCGCUGCAGGCGGUGCUGGUGGAGCAGCUGGCCGCAGCGGCCCCCAGUGCCCGCGCCCCACGGCUGCGCUGCCUGCGCCUGGUGCUGCUGCGGGUUGGGGAAGGGGUGGAGGAGGGGGUGCGGCAGGCACUGCUGCAGCGGGUGGUGGGGGAGGCGGUGGUGUGCUGUGGGCGGUCCAUGUCCCAGGCCACGCGGCGGGCGGCCUUCCUGCUGCUGAGUGAGGUGGGGGCGGUGGUGCAGCGGUGGGAGGGGUGUGGGCCGCGGGACACAGUGUACCGGGUGUUGGAGCUGGUGCUGGCGGGGCUGGCGGGCAGCACGGCCCUGGCGGCGGCCACCAUGCUGGCGGUGACGGCCCUCACCUUCCAGCACCGUCGCCAGGUGGACAGCCAGGUGCUGGGGGUGCUGGUGCAGAACACCUGUGUGCAGCUGCUGUGCCCCUCCAGGGACAUUGUGGCCAGCUGCCUCUCCUUCAUCAAGGCCUCCACCACCAUCUUCCCACCCCCCAUCCUGGCCCCCCACCUGCCCCCCAUCCUGCAGGCCAUGGCCAACAUGACGCCAGACUGCCAGCGCAAACACAGACUCAAGACACGAGACAUUCUUGACAGACUCUGCAGGAAAUUUGGCAACGACACUAUCGCUGAGCUAGUACCAGAGGGUGACACAAUCCUUCACAAACGCAUCAGAAACAUUCGCAAGCUGGCUAACCGCAAGAAGAGAGAGAGAGAGGAGAGGAGGAGGGCUGCAGGGGAGGAGGAGGAGGACGAGGAGGAGAUGACCCGCCCUCUCCCUGCAAGCCUGGAUGAAAUACUAGCUGAAAUAGACUCAGAUACUGAUGAUGACAAUGAUGAUGGGAAGAAGAAGAAGAAGAAGAGGAAGAAGGGGAAGGGAGACACGUGGAUAAAGGAGAAUGAGGAGGAGGUACUGGACUUACUGGAUGCCGGGGCGGGGCAGGCCAUCGUGUCGGGGCAGGCGGCGGCGGCGGGGGCGCGGGGCGGGGCAAAGCGGGGCAAGCCAGUGUUUGAAGUGGACAAGGACUCCGGGAAGAUGAUUAUUACUGAUGAUGACGAUGGUGGUGGUGGUGGUGGUGGAGGAGAGAAGAUGGAAUUUAGCGAUGACCUUGAUGAAAUUCUGGGACUGAAGGCGGCAGCGGGCGGAAAGGUCAAGAAGAGGAAGAGGAGUGACAGUAUUGGGUCAGCUGAGGUCAACGAAGGUGGUGGUGGUGGUGGUGGUGGUGGUAGUAAGGAGGUCAAGAAGAGAGCAAAACGUGACCCUGGGGCAGAAUUUAGGUCAAAGAAGGCCGGGGGGGACGUGGCCCUUAAGGGGGGAGCUGUGGCCCCCUUUGCGUACGUCAGGCUGGCCAAGGAACAGCUUAAUAGAAGAAAGAAGGCCAAGUUUGAGGGACAGUUUGGCAGCUUGGUUAGGGGGGCCCAGAAGGGGGUGAGGGGGGCCAGGAAGGGGGCAGGGGAGGGGAAAGGAGGAAGUGAGGAGGAGGAGGAGGAGGAAGAAGAAGAGGAGGAGGAGGAGGAGGAGAAAUAAUUGAAGUUAUAAAGUUAUAUGUAUUCUUAGGACUGACUCUCUCUCUCUCUCUCUCUCUCUCUCUCUCUCUCUCUCUCUCUCUCUCUCUCUCUCUCUCUCUCUCUCUCUCUCUCUCUC